AUGGAUUCCCCAAUCAUCGAAGAAGAAGACGAGGAGGCGUUGGCCUCGCUCGUCCCUGUUGCUCCCCGGCGUAAGAAGCAUUCCUACAGCGUGCAAUUCGACGAAAAGCCUCACCACCAGAUCCGCAAACACAGCCUCGACGAGGUCCCCAGAUCCACGACGCUAGGAAACGAAGCCGUUUACUUCGAUUCCUCCGACGACGAAUUCUCCACCGGAGGAGUCAUCGUCAGCAGCGACAGCGUCUGUGAUGGAAGCGGCGGUGACGAUUACGCCGUCGUUACGCCUCCCCUUAAUGUCGGUGUCGGCGACGACGAAUCCGAGCCUCUCCCGGAAUUCAUCGGCGCGGGAGGCGGCACCGGCAUCUUCAAGGUGCCCGUGCGCGCAGCGGUGCAUCCCGGACGGCCACCGUGUCUGGAGCUAAGGCCUCAUCCUCUAAGGGAGACGCAGACGGGGAAAUUUAUGAGAAACAUUGCCUGUACGGAGACGCAGCUUUGGGCUGGUCAAGAGAACGGCGUGAGGUUCUGGAAUCUGGAAGAUGCGUACGAGGCUGGGUGUGGAAUCGGCGGCCAGGUACGGCGCGGGGAUGAGGAUACGGCGCCGUUUCAUGAGUCGGUUACUACGGCGCCCACCAUGUGUUUGGUGGCUGACCAAAGCAACAAGCUUUUGUGGAGCGGCCACAAGGAUGGCAAAAUCCGAGCUUGGAAGAUGGAUCAGCCUUGUGCUUGUGAUGAUGACUCAGGUCCUUUCAAGGAGCGGAUCUCGUGGCAAGCUCAUCGUGGUCCAGUUAAUUCCAUCGUCAUUAGCUCUUACGGUGAUAUGUGGUCAUGCUCGGAAGGAGGUGUGAUUAAAAUAUGGCCAUGGGAUUCGUUGGAGAAAUCUCUUCUGCUUAAACCGGAGGAGAAACACAUGGCUGCCUUAUUAGUGGAAAGGUCUGCCAUUGACCUCAGGACCCAAGUUACUGUCAAUGGGACAUGCAGCAUUUCUUCCUCAGAAGUCAAGUAUUUGCUAACCGAUUCAGUAAGAGCUAAAGUGUGGGCUGUGCAGUCACUCACAUUCUCAAUCUGGGAUGCUCAGAGUAAAGACCUUUUGAAAGUUUUAAAUGUUGACGGGCAAGUUGAGUGUCGUGUAGACGUGCCCCCUUUACCAGACCAAGGUGAUGAUGAGAUGAAAGUGAAGUAUUUCACAGCUUCGAAAAAGGAGAAAUCACCGGGCUUUCUGCAGCGGUCACGUAAUGCCAUAAUGGGAGCUGCAGGAGCUGUUCGCCGAGUCGCCACUAGAAGUGCAGGAGCGUUUACGGAAGAUACUAGGAAGACAGAAGCUAUCGUGUUAGCUGUAGAUGGAACAAUUUGGACUGGAAACGUGAGUGGCCUUAUUGUCCAGUGGGAUGGGAAUGGAAUCCGCUUGCGGGAUGUGAAUCACCAUCAGAGGCCUGUUUUGUGCUUCUGCACUUUUGGAGAUCGGAUAUACGUGGGUUAUGCUAGUGGCUACAUCCAGGUCUUGGAUCCUGAUGGGAAGUUGAUUGCAAGCUGGGUUUCACACAAUGAGCCUGUGAUAAAGCUAGCAGUAGGUGGUGGUUUCAUUUUUAGCUUGGCCACUCAUGGUGGAGUACGAGGAUGGUAUGUGACAUCUCCAGGACCCCUGGACAACAUAAUCAGAACGGAAUUGUCUCAGAAGGAAACUUUGUAUGCUAGGCAAGACAAUGUUAGAAUUUUGAUUGGUACUUGGAAUGUUGGUCAAGGACGGGCUUCACACGAUGCGCUUAUGUCAUGGCUGGGAUCAGUCACUGAAGAUGUUGGCAUUGUCGUUGUUGGGUUGCAAGAGGUGGAGAUGGGCGCAGGUUUCCUUGCCAUGUCUGCUGCUAAGGAAACGGUUGGACUUGAAGGGAGUGCACAGGGUCAAUGGUGGAUUGAUGCAAUUGGUAAAGCACUUGAUGAGAAGAACACUUUUGAGCGUAUGGGUUCAAGGCAGUUGGCAGGACUUCUGAUAUCUCUUUGGGCGAGGAAAGAAAUAAGAACACAUGUUGGAGAUCUUGAUGUUGCAGCAGUUCCAUGUGGCUUUGGCCGUGCUAUUGGCAACAAGGGAGGUGUGGGUCUGAGAAUCAGAGUUUAUGACCGAAUCAUGUGCUUUGUGAAUUGUCACUUGGCUGCGCAUUUGGAGGCAGUGAAUCGCAGAAAUGCAGAUUUCAAUCACAUAUUCCGAUUGAUGGUCUUUUCCAGGGGACAAAAUCUAAACAACACUGCAGCUGCUGGUGUCUCAACUGCUGCUUAUACGACAAAGAGUGCCACUAUUCCAAGCACCGGUGCUGAAGAAAUCAAGUCUGAUUUAGCAGCAGCAGACAUGGUGGCAUUUUUUGGCGACUUUAACUAUAGGCUGUUUGGUAUAACCUAUGAUGAAGCGAGGGACUUCAUUUCACAGCGAUCCUUUGAUUGGCUCAGAGAAAGAGACCAACUUCGACAAGAGAUGAAAGCUGGAAAAGUCUUCCAAGGAAUGCGUGAGGCCUUGAUCGCUUUCCCUCCUACUUACAAAUUCGAAAGGAAUCGCUCAGGCCUUGGAGGAUAUGAUUCAGGGGAGAAAAAACGAAUUCCUGCAUGGUGUGACAGAGUUAUAUACAGGGACACUCAAUCAAGCCCAUUCUCACAGAGCAAUUUGCAAUGCCCUCUAGUUUCAUCUGUUAUAAUGUAUGAAGCUUGCAUGGAUGUUACAGAGAGCGAUCACAAACCCGUGCGCUGCAAAUUCCAUGCGACAAUAGCUCACGUUGAUAAAUCUGUGCGGAGACAGGAGCUGGGGAAAAUAAUAAAGUCCAAUGAGAAGAUAAUAUCCAUAUUCGAGGAUCUAAAGUCGGUUCCGGAAACAUCUGUGAGCACCGACAACAUUGUGCUUCAGAGUCAGGACACAGUCAUCCUAACAAUCACAAACGAAUCAACCACGAGCAAAGCCAUUUUUAGCAUUCUAUGCAGUGGUCAGGCUAUAGUUAAGGAUGACGGUGAAGCUUCUGACUUUACUCCACGAGGCUCCUUUGGUCUUCCUCGCUGGCUUGAGGUUUCACCGGCAGCUGGAAUAAUAAAUCCGGAAGGAACCGUGGAUGUGAAGGUUCAUCACGAAGAUUUUCACACACUGGAAGAGUGUGUUGAUGGCAUCCCACAGAACUGGUGGUGCGAAGACACUCGAGAUAAAGAAGCAAUCCUGAUGGUGAACAUUCAAGGAAGCUGCUCAACUUCAUCGACGAGCCACUCUAUCAAAGUCCGUCACUGCUACUCAGCCAGAGUAUGCCUCCUUGAGUCCAGACCCGCUCACCUAUCAAAGAACCUAGGCGGUUCACGUCGUCACUCAAGCGAAGACUCGGUUAAACGGGGUAAAAGCAGGUGA